CACUCCUCUUUGAUCCAUAUUGUAUGUGCGCAGUAAAUCGUAGAGGAAGUCUCGUCUCCAGGACACAGAUGAAGCGUCCCUGCUCACGUGAUAAAGUAUGGGUCAACCUUUGACCAGAAACUGUUUACUGAAUUUUCCAUAAUUUAAAUCAGGGUUAUUUAUAGUUGGACCCUCCAGCCAGUGUGUGAUCAUGCUGCCCGUGGCUCAACUUCCCCACCUGGAACAUGUUCUGCAGACCGUAUCCGUGUUGGAGUCAGUUGUCCUCAGCAGUUUCGGACCUGAAGGAGGACAGGUGCUGUUUACCCGAGACACAGGACAGGCGAUGUUGAGCCGCAGUGGGACGAAAAUUCUUACAGCACUACGUCUGGAAAAUCCACUGGCCAGGGUGAUUGUGGCGUCCGUCUUAAAUCACAGCACUGUAACAGGCGAUGGAUCGAAGACGUUUAUCCUUCUCUUGGCGUCCUUACUAAGGAUGAUUCAUGCAACAGCCUGCAAGGAGCCUAAUGUGUCUCACACUUACAACCCCAGGAAAGCAGCAGUGGCUUCUACUGCCAGACACUUGGCUAAGAGACUGCUGGAAUUUGCUUUGGAGGACCUCGAUGAGCUCAUUGCCAUGGGAGUGGUCCCAUAUGGAUGCUGUCUCCCCAGAGAGGAUUUCACUUUAAAAACACAUUCUCCCAAAAGCAUUCCCUGUGUUCAAAAGCUGCUGGCGUCUUUCUUUCAUUCACGCUUGGGUCAAACACACUGUGGCUUUUUCAGCCACCUCACUUGUGAACUACUCGAUAACUGGAAAUUAAGAAACGAUCAUCCGUCCGUAUCACUACAGUUCAUAAAUGACAACCUGCCCACGUUGCAUACACCUGUAUCAGGCUUCCCUAGUAGUUGUUCACGUUUGAUCGAGGGGCAGGUCAUUCACAGAGACUUUGCUACGCCGUGCAUACAAAGUGACAAACCGCCAGUAGCAGCUGUCAUUUUGACUGGUUGCCUGCAGCCUAAACUGCUCCGUGCAGGAGAGGUGUUGGAGCUGGCAUGUGGCGGUCAACAGAUGGCUGAGAAUUCAAGGAAGGAGAGGAGUAUUGUUCAGUUUAGUGCAUGGGCAGAAAAGUCACUAGAGUGUGCUAUUGCAAACCUGCAGAGUGUGGGCGUCUCUGUGAUCCUCUCUGCUGUGAAACAGUCUGCUGCUGUCCUGGCCUUAGCUGCACAGGCAGAGAUUUGCAUUGUCGAGUGUGUCAGUGAAGAUGAAUUGUCUCUCUUUGCUCAUCUAAGUGGAGCCAAACCUGUCGCAGACUGCUGGAUGAUUGAACCAGACAACAUUGCUACACUGACCUUUUGCCGACCAAUACUGCUAGGAGCUCACAGGUAUGUUCAUGUUGCUUUCCAUGACUCGGACAAAAGGCCCGUUGUCAAACCCUGUAGUCUGAUCAUUUGUGGCGCAGGGGAAGGGCAAACGGACCAAUAUGCAUGUGCAUUACACGAUGCCAUCCGCAUGCUACUUUCAACUUGGGAGCCCGUGGGUGUGACGGCAUCAAAGAGGACCUUGCGGUGUAACAAAAGCAAAUCUUCAAUUGCAGGGAAACAGAUCCCAAAUUCAACUUCCUCCCAGCGUUGUUUGUCGAUGCCAGGCUGUGUUGUACCUGCAGGUGGGAUAUUUGAAUUUCUCUUACACCAUGCCCUCCUCCAACAUGGCCACAGUUGCUCGGCUUCUGAUGAAACAGAUAUGGAUAUCCUUGCUGUUUCGCAGCUGCUGGCAAACGCUCUACUGAGUGUGCCAAGGCAGAUAUACUCCCACAGUCCACGAUGUUUCCUGCAGACUCAAACCAGGCUCCUGCGUUUAGUUCAAAGUCAUUCCCAACGUUCUGGUUUUGCAGACAAACUAGGACAGGAUACAGUUCUUAAAGAGUGUGAGGAUACAAGUGAAUGCACUCUAGAUGAGGGUAUACAGAGCAUGCAUUUAUAUAGAGAUACUGACAUGCCAUCAAAGGCGUUUAUGUUUGACUCAGGCGUCGAGUCUGUCAGCUGUAAAUACAAUCUGCUUCUAGCCGUGCUGCAGUGUCUCUCACGUCUUCUCCAGGUGGACGCUAUGCUGCACAUACGCACCGCCUCACAGUCACAAGAACAUGAAAAUAACUCCUGUGAGGGUACAAAGGAGGAGGCUGAGGAAUGACACUGUAUUGUGUCCCUCUUAAGGUUUUUACAUUUUCCCUCAGUAUGUAUCAUUUUAGAGCUAUGUGAAAUAAUUUUCACUUUAACAUCGAUGAUUUAAGGCUGCAGGCUACAGUUGUUUUUGAAAAGUUCGGUGUUCAUUAACUUGGUUGGGAAAUAGUGUGAGUAUGUCGGUGCUGAUUUUGGCAAAUUUCCUCUUGAGUUCUCAUUGUUAUUGCUGUUUUUUUUUUUUUAUUUCACAUUCUUAUCUCAGUUUUCCUGCCCUCUUCUUUUGGCUAGAACACUUUUGUCAAACAAAAGGCAAUCACACAGAGCCUCAAAGGUCAUCCGUCUCACAAAUAUACACACUUCUUUUUAUAAUCAGUGUUAUCUACAAAGUGGGGGGGCGGGUUUGUCUGAGAGAGCCACACCCAACUGUCAACAACCAAAUCAAAGUUAACUUCCUAAAACAGUUAUGGUGAGAACGUUAAAUUUAUUCUCACCUAGUUUUGAGGAAACGGUGAGUCAUUUGAAAUGAACGACACUCACUGCCACACACAGACGCGUACUGUAAUCAGUGUUUGCGCCUUGUUUUGAAGAUACAUUUUCCGUAAAUUAUUUGUGAUGGGAUGACUUGGGAACAGAGACAGGUCUAGGCUUUGUUCUUAUGUUUGCUCAAACUCUACAUGAGUCACACUUGAUAAAAAACAGGGGAGACGGGGAAAUCGUGUUUUCUUUCCACUGCACACUAUAAAUGGAACCUGGAAGUUGUUUACAGGCUUAUCAAGCACCUACAUCCUUGUAACCCUCAAAUGCCCUCAAUAUCCUUCACCAGUAAAUGAAACACACAGGUCAGAGUCUGUCUCAUAGUGCCUCAAUAUAGGAUUAAAGAAUUUGUAACAAAAUUAGCAAACUUUAUUCAGUGACCCAAGAGGAAUAGACCGAAGACAAAAUAGUUGAUUUACCUGUUUACUGAAAAAUCUGUAUUUAUGUUUUUGCAUGUUUUUGAAUAUAUAAUUCCAUCAAAGUCGACUCAGUUUUUUUUUGUUUUUUUUACGUUAUUUGGUUCUUUUAAUUGAUGUCUCUGUAAAACAGUGCAUAUGGUAUAAAUAAACUCAGUUUCUUUAAAAUGAUAAUGACAUUAUAAAAUACAUCAUUCACACCAAUUUAGCAUAGAACCAGCUAAGUGCAUACUUUUUGUAUUACAUAUAUAUGUAUAAAAAAAAACAAAUUUAAAAAAACAAAACAGUGACAAAAUUAAAGGCAAUUUUUCAAAGAGGAUGAAAUAAAAGGAACAAAUCAAUUGUCACAAUGAAAAAACCCAAAGUGCUACUCUAAUACCAAGCUGGGUGGGGGUGGCGGGGGGACAGUUCACAGCUCAGCAUUCAAUUGGCUUCUCGUCACCAAGGUUCGACUUCUGCGUCUUAAGAAGAGGAUGGUCGAGUUGCAUUGGCCACUGCUGUGUUGUGCUGACGUGAUGACGGGUGUUUUUGAUGGCCCUAGAUUGUGACUUUUCUUGCCAGUAGGUGCAAAAUGUGACCAGUACACAACACGAUCUUUUGUUUAGAUAAUAAGCUGUUCACAAACACUAAUUUCAAUCAAAUGACAACAAGAUGUCACAUUUCUGUACUACAUAGUCACUGAAGCACAGAUGACACCCAUAUUAUAAAUGGGCCAAAUUACCACAUUGCAUUAACAUAUUCCAGUAAGGUGGGCCUAAGUGUCAGCAGCUGGGCUAUUAUUAAUGUAUAAUGAAAUAGUAUGAAAAUGUCUGCACCCGGCCUGUCUUGGGUUUUCACCCUUGGCCAAGCUGUGUUUUUAUUGGCAGUGUAGAGUCAUGGGACUCGAGGAAAAACAUCAUGCAACAUUAACGAGGACUUUAGGGUGUCAUGGCGGGUGUCACACCACCUCCCGAGACUUCCUGAUGGCGCAGCACAGGAGCAUGCUAAAGAUCAUCCCGAACACC